CUUGGCUUGGAUGGCAAACCAGGACCUCCAGGACCAAAAGGGGAAAAGGGGGAAGUAGGAGACAUUGGCCCAAGGAUGGUUUUUCCCCACCUCAAUCAUGGAUUUCUGGCUAAUGAUCAGCUUGUCUUUAGCCGGCGAGUGCUCAAGGGUGAUCAAGGUCGAGAUGGAGCCACGGGCCCCCCUGGUCCACCAGGACCCCCAGGUGCCCGGGGGCCUCCUGGGGACACGGGAAAGGAUGGCCCACGAGGACCUCCAGGCCCCCCUGGUUUCAAAGGCGAGCCAGGAGAGGAUGGAGUGAUGGGUGCCAGAGGACCUCCAGGAUCAAAGGGUGAACCUGGUGUCCAAGGGAAAAAGGGUGAUGAUGGGAUCCCUGGGGAACCAGGACUUGUGGGCCCUAAGGGAGAAAAAGGAAGCGUGGGUCCCAAGGGAGAGAACGGCACAGAUGGCUUCCCAGGACUAAAGGGUGAACCUGGUGAGAAGGGAGGAAUUGGCUCCAUUGGACCCCGGGGUCCCCCUGGGCUGAAAGGGGAGCAGGGAGACACCGUCGUGAUCGACUACGACGGCCGAGUCCAGGAUGCUCUCAAGGCUGCAGGGAUACACAAAGUGCUGGGUCCACCAGGUCCCCCAGGGCCACCGGGCCCCCAAGGCACUCCAGGUCCCAAGGGAGAGCUGGGCUUGCCAGGUCCACCUGGAAUGGAUGGUGAAAAGGGUCCAAAAGGAGCAAAGGGUGACCAGGGCAGCAUGGGGAUCAUGGGGCAGAAAGGAGAGACAGGAGAAAUGGGCUCAGCAGGUCCCCCGGGAGCAGAAGGGCCAAAAGGAGACAAAGGAGAAAAAGGAGACACUGGGUCACCGUGUCUGCAGAAUAAUCACAUCAUACCUGAGCCUGGACCCCCCGGAUUACCUGGCCCUAUGGGUCCUCCAGGAAUCCAGGGACCUAAAGGUUUGGAUGGUGCAAAGGGAGAAAAAGGUGACAGUGGUGAGAAGGGGGACCAAGGUGACACCGGACCUGCUGGUUUCCCGGGUGCUCCAGGGCUCAUUGGUUUACCUGGUACCAAAGGAGAAAAGGGAAAGCCAGGGGAGCCAGGAUUGGAUGGUUUCCCUGGUCUCAGAGGAGAGAAAGGAGAGAGAAGUGAAAGAGGCGAGAAGGGUGAACGAGGAAUACCGGGGAGAAAAGGGGCCAAAGGACAGAAGGGGGAGCCAGGCCCUCCUGGACUGGAUCAGCCUUGUCCCGUGGGAGAUCCUAGCAUUGCAGGCAGCAAAAGGUACCCAGGUUUGCCAGGCCUGGAUGGGGUGAGCCUGCCCUGCCCUUUGGGACCAGACGGACUGCCAGUAGCAGGAUGUUGGCAUAAGUGAUCUCUAAGCAUGAAGCACAAUAUGUAAAUAAUGUGAUAUAUUUUGAUCGUUUAAUUUUUGUAUAAAAAAAGG